GCUAAAAUUAGCCGGGACUGCUCUGGGUGUUGCGUGUUAAUUUGAUUUACUCCGGGAUUCCGGCUUCCAAGACGCCAUUUUCCCCCCUUCUCGCUCUAUCUCUCUCUAUUUAUCUAUCUAUCAUUUAUCUGCCGAGCUAUCUAUCCGUCUGUCUGUCCGUCCAUCUCCCUCUCCCCUGGUGCCUUCCCUCCUCCCCCCGCCCUCCUCCCUCUUCGCUCUGCGUGUGCUGCGCGGCCGUGCGCUCCCCUAAUCUGACAGAUGAACACCGCCAUGGGUUUGCCGCAACACAAGCAAAAGCACCUUUGGGGGCUGUGGCGAGGGAUUGAAACCGGGAUCUAAAAGAGAAGAGAGAAGAAGGGGGGAAUCCGAGGGAGGAGGAGGAGGAGGAAGAAAGAAGAAGAAGAGGACGCUGUUAAGAAGCCCCCACUGCCGUUUUGGGGAUAUGGUGGCAGACCUGAUCUCUUCUGAGCUACUUGCAGACUCUGGGCCAUUGAGACGUUGACUUUGACAGACAGUUACCAUUCAUUCCUUGGGAUCAUAACUGCCCUUUCUCUCCCCAUCACCUCCUGCACUGCCCUUCCCUCUAAUAAAACUCCAGUGUGUCACGGUCCUGCUAUGGAGCCCAGGGAGUCUUUGGGCAGCUCCCGUCAAAGGGGAGGUGAGGCGGAUUUUCUGCCAGCCUCUGUGUCCUCUGCCAAACCACCGUCUGCCUCCAGCUGCACAGGGGAGACAGUGCUGCCGACAGCUGGCUCGGGGAAAGGGAUUCCGGUGAGCGGGGAACGUAUGGAGCCUGAAGAAGAGGAUGAGAUGGGUUCUGGGAGAGAUGUGGAUUCCACUUCCAAUGCAGACAGCGAGAAGUGGGUGGCAGGAGAUGGACUGGAGGAGCAGGAGUUUUCCAUCAAAGAGGCAAACUUCACAGAGGGGAGUUUGAAACUAAAGAUCCAGACGACCAAGAGAGCGAAGAAGCCCCCAAAGAACUUGGAGAACUAUAUUUGCCCACCAGAGAUCAAAAUCACCAUCAAGCAGUCCGGGGAGCAGAAGCUUUCCAGAGCUGGGAAAAAUAGCAAAGCUGCUAAAGAAGAGGACAGAGGACACUCCAAAAAGAAAGGAAAAGUCAUUGGAGAUGCAAAACUGCUCAUGAGCUGUGGUUGCAGAAAAGGGAAAAAUGCUCAAAUGAAAGACUCAGAUCAGAACCAGAUGAAGAAUUUGGGAAGAGAGUGUGGGUUCCCUGUGCAGAGUCUGGUGACAAAAUCCAUGAAUAAGGUUUAUGACAGGCCACAGAAACAUUCUACCCUGCACUAUGAUCCAGGCCUCCAACAAGACUUCACCAGUGAUACCUUAAAAUCAAAGCACCAGCAGAAAAGUAGCAACCAGCACCAUCUUGACUGGUCAGCAAGCUCCAAUACUGGAUCCACUUCUCAAAGUUGCUUCAUCAACGCAGAACCCAGUCGAGAAGCUGUUAGUGCCACCAAGGUCACUCCUCCAGAGCCAGGAGUUUCCUUCAGUAAAUCCCAAGCAAAGAAGUCAUGUGCCAGCAGCACGUGGGGGCAGCUGUCUGUCAGCAGCAAAGAGCUUGCCAUUUGCAGUGCAGUCUCAUCACCCAACAACACUGGUGUGACUGCUCAGCCAAGCGGUGCCUCCGAGAGCAACGGGCUGUUGCCUAUUGGUGAUCAAGAUGGAGGCGUGCAGCUGGAAGCUCCUGAUCAGUCUGCUGGGAGUACAAAGAAGAAGUCCAGCAAAAAGGACUUGAUAUGUCAAACCAUCCAAACUGCUGACAUUGAGUGGAUGAAGAGUGCUCAGAAAGCAUUUGACAGCAAAUGCCAUGACAGCAUGGAAGGAAAAAAAGAAUCUUAUUCGAUGGACAGUGUGUUAGAUGCGUCACCAUCAAAACAGAAUCCCACUUCUGCUAGCAGCUGUGAAAAUGACACUAGCCAUGUACGAAUUACUAUCCCAAUAAAGUCUCCAACAACAGAUACAUCCAGCCACAAAAGGAAAAAAAGGCAGUCUACGAAAUCUUCAAUGGAGAAAGCUAUCCAAGAGAAAAGUCUGCCUUCUGGGCUUGCUAUGAGCAGUGAAGUAGCAAACAGGACUAUUUCUCAGUCAGAAGGGAGUAAAAAAGAUAUUCGAGUCACAAAGCCAGGGAAAGUGAUUGAAAAUGAGUCUCCCUUAGCAGCUAUUGACAGCAGUGUGCUUAUUGACAGAGCUUCCCCCAACAGUGCCACCAGACUCAGAAAACCUGUAGCUGUGACAUCUACUCUCCUAUCCACUGAUCUCCCCACAGCUAACAAACUGUCUGAGGUCCAGCACCCCAAACUCACAGCUAAACGGCGAUGGACCUGCAGCAAACCUAAAUCUAUUCUUCGGGAGACCUCCAUGACCACAUCUGAGAAGAUGAUGGUGGAACCUCCUUCAGCCUAUCCCAUCACGCCAUCCAGCCCUCUGUAUACCAAUACAGACAGUCUUACUGUGAUCACACCUGUCAAGAAAAAAAGAGGACGACCAAAGAAACAGCCUUUGCUUACUGUUGAAACCAUUCAUGAGGGAACAUCCACUAGCCCAGUGAGUCCAAUCAAUCGUGAAUUUCCAGGAACAAAGAAAAGAAAGAGGAGACGGAAUCUGGCCAAGUUGGCUCAGAUGGUCCCAGGAGAGGACAAGUCCAUCAGUGAUCUUAAGUUUCACAAAAAGGUUGGAAAGCUUGGGGUCUUGGAUAAGAAGACUAUCAAGACCAUUAAUAAGAUGAAGACCCUUAAGAGGAAGAAUAUUCUCAAUCAGAUUUUGUCCUCCUGCUCCAGCAGCAUAGCUCUGAAAGCGAAAAUCCAGCCACCAUCUAGCGCUGGGCCAACAACCAUUGAUGCCAGACUAGGGAAGCAGAUCAAUGUCAGCAAGAGGGGGACUAUCUACAUUGGUAAAAAACGGGGGAGGAAGCCAAGAGCAGAACUGCAGCCUCAACCAGAAGAACCUAAGACAGCCAUGAAGCACUCAAGGCCUGUUUCCAGCCAGCCAGAAAACCCAGCAGUGCCUUCCAACCUGCAGUCACUUGUGGCAUCGUCACCAGCAGCUAUUCAUCCGCUUUCAACACAGUUAGCAGGGACUAAUGGCAACCUUAGCCCUGCAAGCACUGAAACAAAUUUUUCAGAGUUAAAAACUAUGCCAAAUCUUCAACCUAUCAGUGCUCUUCCUACAAAAGCCCAGAAAGGAAUGCACAGUGGAACUUGGAAGCUGUCUCCACCCAGGUUAAUGGCUAAUUCACCUUCCCACCUCUGUGAAAUAGGUUCUCUAAAAGAAGUUACGCUGUCACCAGUGAGUGAGUCUCACAGUGAGGAAACCAUUCCGAGUGACAGUGGGAUAGGUACAGACAACAACAGUACUUCUGACCAGGCUGAGAAAAGCUCAGAAUCCCGCCGGAGAUACUCCUUUGAUUUCUGCACCCUGGACAAUCCAGAGGCUAUCCCAUCUGACACCAGCACAAAAAACAGGCAUGGUCACCGGCAGAAACAUCUCAUUGUGGAUAACUUUCUCUCUCAUGAGAGCAUGAAAAAGCCAAAGCACAAGAGGAAAAGGAAAAGCUUGCAAAACAGAGAUGAUCUCCAGUUUCUGGCAGACCUUGAGGAACUCAUCAAUAAAUUUCAAGUGUUCAGGAUUUCGCAUCGUAGUUACACAUUUUAUCAUGAAAAUCCAUAUCCCAGCAUCUUCAGGAUUAAUUUUGAUCAUUAUUACCCUGUGCCAUAUAUCCAGUAUGACCCAUUGCUCUAUCUUCGCAGGACCUCUGACAUGAAGUCUAAGAAGAAGCGUGGUAGACCUGCCAAAACCAAUGACACCAUGACAAAGGUGCCUUUUUUACAAGGGUUCGGUUACCCUAUUCCCAGUGGGAGUUACUAUGCACCCUAUGGAAUGCCUUACACAUCAAUGCCUAUGAUGAAUCUUGGUUACUAUGGUCAGUAUCCAGCUCCUUUGUACCUGUCUCACACGCUCGGAGCGGCUUCCCCAUUUAUGAGACCUACCGUGCCCCCACCCCAAUUCCAUGCAAGCUCUCAUAUGAAGAUGUCCACCACUGCCAAGCAUAAAGCAAAACAUGGAGUGCACCUACAAACACCUGUGGGAAUGGGCCUUGGAGACAUGCAGUCCUCUUUGGCUCCUCCAAAGGUUGGAGGAACAAGCCUUUCAAGUAGCCGACUUCACAAAAGGAAACACAAACAUAAGCACAAGCAUAAGGAUGAGAGGAUAGUGGGGACACAUGAAGAUCUGAGUGGUCUCUUUGCUAGCAAGUCCACUGGCUUCUCCAGUCACUCUAUCAAUGAAAGGCUAAGUGGCUCAGAUAAAGAUCUAUCCUUGCUCAGUGAGAAAAGCAAGCAUAAGGAGAAGCAAAAGCACCAGCAUUGUGAAACUGGACACAAAAGCUCAAAGAGCAACUUUGAAGUGGAUACGCUGUCUACCUUAUCACUUUCUGAUGCCCAGCAGUGGACACAGAGUAAAGAUAAAAGUGAUUCAAGCAAUGAUCCCAUUGACUCUUGCACAAAGAGAUACUCUGGUAAUACUGAGAGUAAUGCAAGGUCAGAGUCCCUGGACAUGUUUGGUGAAAUGAAUUCCUCGAGUGAGAAACGGGAUAAUGAUGGAAGUGGGAAUAAAAGAAGAAGUUUCGAAGGGUUUGGAACUUACAGAGAAAAGGACAUUCAGCCCUUCAGAAUAAAUAGGAAGGAUAGAAGUACUUAUGAUUCUUCUGCCUCUUCUGGAGCCAUUUGGUGGUCCUUCUUCUACUCAAAGCAGCUUGUCUGAGGAUACAAGGUCGCUCCAGAUGGAACAGGACUGCCAUUUCAGCUCUAUGCCUUUGGCCUUCCUUGCCUCAAGUGUAGGCAGAGAAAGGAGCAACAGUCAGCAUUGUUUUCUGUGCCAGCUAUGAUUAGUUGGCAUAAGAUCACUUGAAUAAGUUGACACACACUUUGAGUUGCUUGGUUUGCUUUAAAAAGAAAGGAAAAAUUCCCAAGCCUACUCCAGGAUCUCUUUGCUGAAGUUCAUUCUUCACCACUAAAAGCUUGGGCUUAUCCCAGGACUGGGACAUGCUCAGUUGCAGAAUAUUUCUCAUUCUAAUAUUUAUUUAUUUUCUGUUAGGAAAAAAAUACAUAUGCUAGGAGAGCAAGAAAUUUUUUAAAAAUAGUGAAACUCCAAAUUCAUGCAGAUUUCCUGUUUUGCUUCUUAACAAAACCUCAAAACCACUUUGAACAAGUUUCCUACCUCAGCUGAGGGUGGAGUUGUGUACGCCCCACACGUGGCCUCAAGAAGUGCACCCAAGGACAAUAGCACAUCUCCUUUGGCACAGCAGGGCCAAAGUUACUGCUAGCAAAGCUGUCAAUACGUGCGCCUGUGCAUGACUGCCCAAAAGCACUUCUGACUCAGCCAAGUACAUUGGAAAAAUUUAACUUUACUAUUUCCAGCAGAACAGUCUGAGUGGUAGAGAUGUGGCAGAAAAGGAACUGGAGGCAUUUUAUAACAGAUACCUUUCUGAGAUGCUAGGAAGAUAUUGGCUGACACUAUGCUGGGCAGUCUGUUGCAAUUUCAUUGAUUUGAUCUGGUGAGGCAGCUUCUUGGUGAAUAACAAGAACUGAGAAAUCUAUUGCACUAAAAUUAAUGGUUGUUGCCUGAUCUGUUAAAUGGAUUCACUGCAAUCUGAAGCAAUGCAUGCAUUUUGCAAAACCAGCAUUCUUUGGCUCCUGCAGUGCAUCAUGACAUUACUUCAGGCAGUAAGGAAGAUUGUAUGUGUGAUAUGGUGUGCUGCGGUGGAUAGUAAAGUAGCUAGAUGCUUGCAAACUCUGGAUAGAGUUAUGGCAUUUGGGUGUGUAAUGCUAAGUAACAAUAAGCAGUGCUUAACAUUUCCUCCCACACUAGAAGCAUACCCAUUAAAAGUUUAGCCAAGUUAGCUCUGCAUGUUCUUGCAAAAAAAGGGCAACUACUAAAACACUAAUAGGAUCUACUCUUAUGUGGGUAGAGAAGGAUGCAUUAACCCAAAUUCUUCUAUACUGCUACUUGGGAAAGAGUCUUGCUGAGAUUAAAGAAACCCCUUGAAGGUAAAAAUGAUAAUAAAUCAGGCUCAAACUCAGAUUAAGGACUUCUGAGUUUUUUCUUGGUUCUGCUUCUGAGAUGCUGCCUAGUCUGAACAAGUCAGUGAACGUGAUUUAAACCAUCCAUGAGUCAACUGGAGUCUGCACAUAAGUGAAUUGGAUGUAUCUAAGUCCCAGGGAAUGGCUCCAUCCUUUUCAUCUCAAGUAGCACUUACCUUCCAGAGAAACCAAGCAAGUAUAUGAAUCUGUACAGUACAUGUUAGAUUUAAGAGUAACUUAAGAACGUAAGCAUAUGGUUUCACAUGUGCUCAGUGACUGAAAACUCAAAGCAGUUAGGUGUACAGCACCUAGCAAACACUAAUAUUUUUUUUUUGAGGUGCUGAAAAGGGACAACUUCACAGACUUAAAGUCUGAUCAAAACCAUUGUUUUUAGGUUAUAUUAAGCUAGCAUGAAACACCUCAGCAAGUGAAAAUCAGGGCAUAUUUUUGCUGGUUUUGUGGGCCAAAUCAGGAAGAGAGACUAUCUCUGAACUUCUUGUUACAAGAAGGCUGAUGCUGACACAGCCGAGGGCUGUCAGUGUCUCUUGUAGAUAGACCAAAGUAUGCUGCCCAGUCCUUGAUCCUCAUUUUCACUAGGCAGUGUCUCCAUACUAUGCCUGGUGCAGAACCUGGAGCAUGCUGCCCUUUUGGUCAUGCCCAUUUUUCCUCUGGGAUAGAACAAAUGACUCUGUAAUGUCUCUAGCUAACAAGUGCAGAGUGUGGAGGAUAUGGAUACCAGGAUGCAGGAGAGAGAAUGGAAAAACUGGCAGUGUGGAAGCAUCUGGGCACUUGUAACUGCCAGAUAAGCCUUGAACACAAGGGACCUCCUGUUCCCUGGUCUGUUUCCAUGUCUUUCCAUGACAGAGCUCUAAAAAGCUGA